AUGAAGGGAGCAGUACUCGUUUUAUUUUUCGCUAUUGCGAUCGCCACCUGUUGGGCAACAGUCGAUCUACAACAACCCAAAUUUGGAUUCGGAGGAUUCGGUGGACUCGGAUGCACUUGCCCCAAUUUAUUAACCGGCGUUGCUAACUUGAUAACUCAACUGCAAACAGCCUUGGCUCCUUUGUUGACCUCCCUCGGAGGUCUAGGAAGCGCUAUUAAUCAACUUUUGGAGUUCCUCAAGACUUUAGUUAAUAAUAUAGGUGGCGCUUUGUCCAACGGCGGUCUCUUGGGCGGUGUUAAUAAUCUGGUUACUGGUCUUCUGCAAGGUAUUGUCAAGACAUAA